GUUUGACCGCGUUGAGCUCCCGUAGAACGAGAAUCGGUUUCCAUAGAGACCGUCUAUGGUCGAGGCUAAUGAGCACCUAGCUAGCUCAGAUACAACAACGACAGAGGCAGAACCUUCAGCUCUUCAGUUAGACAGGUCAAAAUGUCCUUCAGAGACUUAAGAAAUUUCACAGAGAUGAUGAGGGCCUUGGGCUAUCCUCGGUUGAUAUCUAUGGAGAACUUCAGAACACCAAACUUCACUUUAGUGGCAGAAAUCCUAAUAUGGCUGGUAAAGAGAUAUGAGCCUCAGAUGGAUAUUCCCACCGAUGUAGAUACAGAGUCAGACAGAAUAUUCUUCAUCAAGGCCGUGGCCCAGUUUAUGGCAACAAAGGCUCACAUCAGGUUGAACACCAAGCACCUCUACCAGGCCGAUGGCUACGCAGUGAAAGAGAUGCUGAAGAUCACUUCAGUGCUGUACAGUGCUAUGAAGACCAAGCAGAUGGCCCUGGGAGACAGAAUCGAGGAGGACAACAACAUGUUCAAGUUCGACCUUGGCUCACGGAUUUCAGAUCUUAAAGCAGCUCGGCAGCUGGCAUCCGAUGUCACAUCUAAAGGAGCAUCUCUGUAUGAUUUACUGGGAAAAGAAGCGGACCUAAGGGAAAUGAGAACUGCGGCCAUCGCCAGACCUCUGGAGAUCAAUGAGACUGAAAAGGCCCUCAGAGCUGCCAUCAAGGAAGUUUUGGAAAGUGUGGAGAAGACGAAAGACAUGCUGAGCAACGUUGUUUCCGAUGAAACGAGUCUGGACGCUAAGAUAGAAAAGAAAAAGCAGGAGCUGGAGAGGAAUCGGAAGAGGCUGCAGACACUGCAGAGUGUCAGGCCGCCCUUCAUGGAUGAGUAUGAGAAGAUUGAGGAAGAUCUGCAGAAGCAAUAUGAAAUCUUUGUGGAGAAGUUCAGGAACCUCUGCUUCCUGGAGUCUCAGCUGGAUGAAUACCAUAGAAUGGAGCAGGAGAGGUUUGAGGAAGCUGAAAACACACAAAGGAUGAUGCAGAACAUACUGAGGGAGGAGGAGAAGAGGGAUCUGACGAGGAGCUCCUUGAAAGAUGAGGAUUCUGACAUGGACGUUCCGGAGGACGAAGGUUCAGACAGCGACAUAGAAGAGUCUCGACCUUCUAAGCCGCGGCCCACGCGAAACGGCAUCAUGGGAGGAAGAGGAGCUCGAUUCAUUGGGAAUAUGCAGGGUGGUGAUAGUGAUGAGACUGAGGACAGCGAGAUUGAUGUGGACGAGGAUGACGAGGAAGACGAUGAAGGCGAGGAGGAGGAGGGCAAGGAUUUGGAGGACGACAGUCUGGAGGGCCCAGUGUCCAGGGUUGCUCGGCCCUCCAAGGGGGGGAUGAGACCGCCUCUGCUGGAGGAGAGCGACAAUGACUUCUGAAUGAAUACAGAUGAGCUCCAGCUGUUUCUGUAUUCUAGCUCAGAUUAGACAAUCUAAUUACUUCUGAGAGAUAUGCAUUAAUUAUUACCUGUUUAACAUAAAAAAAAUCAAUAUAGUUCCUAUUUUUUUAUAUUUGAAACUGUUUACCUUAAUAAAAUAUUAAGAAUGUAA